ACUGAAUUCUUUCUCUUAGGAAUAACCAAUAACCCUGAAAUGAAAAUAACCCUAUUUGGCAUAUUUUUAGCUGUGUAUCUCAUGAAUCUCCUGGCGAAUCUCGGUAUGAUCACUUUAAUCAGAGUGGACUCCCAGCUUCACACACCCAUGUACUAUUUUCUCAGCCACCUGUCUUUUUCUGACCUCUCCUAUUCUACUGCAAUUGGCCCCAAGAUGCUGUUGGACCUUCUCGCCAACAACAAAUCAAUUUCCUUUUUUGGCUGUGCCCUGCAGUUCUUCAUCUUCUGCAUGUUCAUAGAUGUUGAGUGCCUGCUGCUGGCGGUGAUGGCCUUUGAUCGGUACAAGGCCAUCAGCAGCCCCCUGCUCUAUGCAGUGGACAUGUCCAGCAGGCUGUGCUCUGUACUUGUGGCCAGUAUCUAUCUGUUUGGAGUUGUAGAUGGUUUCAUACAUACAUCACUGGCAUUCCGCUUAUGUUUCUGUGGUUCUAAUGUGAUCAACCAUUUCUUCUGUGAUUUACCUCCACUUCUUCUUCUGUCUUGUUCUGAUGUACAAACCAAUGAGCUGGUGUUGUUCACUGUUUUUGGAUUUGUUGAACUGGGAACCAUCCUGGGAGUGCUGGUCUCCUACUGCUAUAUCAUUUUGUCAGUCUUAAAGAUCCGCUCUGCUCAGGGAAGAUUCAAAGCUUUCUCCACCUGCACCUCCCACCUCACUGCGGUUGCCAUUUUCCAGGGAACCAUGCUCUUCAUGUACUUUCGCCCUAGUUCUUCCUACUCCCUAGAUCAGGACAAAAUGACCUCACUGUUUUACACCCUGGUGAUUCCCAUGCUGAACCCUCUCAUUUACAGCCUACGGAACAAGGAUGUGAAGGAGGCCAUGAGAAAAUUGAGAAAUAAAAUUUUCUGUUAG